CGAUCGCGCUGCAGCGGCGAGCGGAGCGGACGGAGAGUCGCGACAGCGCCGCGACAUCACCGCGACAGGACCGCGACCACUCUCGGGAUUAUCGCUUUUGGGAUUUGCCUUCCCUUUCCCUUGCCGCACCCGGAUUACAAUCGCACCAUGACCUUGGAGGAGCUGGUCCCCUGCGAUAGCAGCAAGAUGCAGGCGGUGAGCGAGGCGGUGGAGCGGGUGCUGGUGGCGGCGCAGCGGCAGGACCGGCUGACGGUGGGGGUCUACGAGUCCGCCAAACUGAUGAAUGUGGACCCCGACAGCGUGGUGCUGUGCGUGCUGGCCACCGACGAGGAGGACGAAGGUGACAUCGCCCUGCAGAUCCACUUCACCCUCAUCCAGGCUUUUUGCUGUGACAACGACAUCCACAUCCUGCGCGUCUCGGGCAUGCAGCGCUUGGCCACCAUCCUGGGCGAGCCCGAGCCCGGCGCCGAGCCCCGCGACCUCCACUGCCUCUUAGUCACGAACCCCCACAAAGACGCCUGGAAAAGCCAAGGGUUGGCGGAGGUGGCCAGUUAUUGCACCGAGAGCCGGGACAGGAACCAGUGGGUGCCGUACGUCUGUCUGCAGGAACGCUGAGCCCGGCCCAUCCCGCCUCUGUUCCUGAAGGAGAAGGAGGAAAAAUAAUAAAACGGCAGGAAAAAGAAGGAGAAAACGGCCAGUUAAAAAAAAAAUAAAAACCAACAAAAAAAAAAACCAAACCACAAAACCAACAACCCACAAACCCGAACACCCACCGAACCUUAUUUUUCUUUUUAACCGGAGAGGAGCAAGGAGCCGCCCGGGCGCAGCGGUGGGCAUGGGAAGGAGAGGAGCCGUGGCCGUGCCGUGGCCGGUGGGACGCUGGCCGGAGCACGCCGGAGCCGUGCCGAGGAGCCGUGCUUGGACCGUGGGGACGAGGAGCCCCGGGGAGGAGAUUUGGAGACUGCUUUGGUUUUGCUUUUUGGCAUCUGUGACUCGAGGACUGCGGAGAGACCGAGUUUUACAAACAAACUGCCUCUUUUUCUUUUUUUUUUUUUUUUUUUUUUUCCAAGGGAUUAAUUAAUACCCGCGGUGAUGGACCUGCAGCACCGGUUUUUUGCACUCGAACCGCUUGGAGAGAGACCCUGAACUGAACCGAUUCCAGAGUCUAUUCUUAUAUUGAUUUAAGAGAAAUAAUUAUUUGCAAUAAAAAUGGCUGCGGUCA